CCACAAUCUCUUAAUUAUACUCCGCCUUAAGACAUGUAUUUAUACGAUAGUAAUCUCUUUACAGGUUUCAGGCUUUCAGCUAACAAAACUAAAUAUUAGCGUUACACACUCAGACUAUUACCACGAUGCUCGUUACAGUAUUCUCAAAAGUGGUAACAAUUCUCGCAAUCCUUGUCUCCACUUCUCAAACCGGUUAUGGCAUCUUCUCACCGCCUAAAAUCCCCCGUUCGCGUAAUGUUUUCCCGUCAGCCAAAGUGGUUAACUUAACCAGAGCCUCCGGUCCGGAGAGCAUAGCUUUCGAUCCAUCAGGGGGAGGUCCGUACGUUGGUGUCUCCGACGGUCGGGUCUUGAAAUGGCGCGGUAAAAAGCUUGGAUGGACCGAUUUCGCUUACACAGCGGCUAAUAGGAAGAUGUGUGUUCGCUCAUUUGCACCAGAGUUGGAGCAUGUGUGUGGUAGGCCAUUAGGAUUGCGGUUCCAUAAGAAAACCGGAGAUCUCUACAUAGCGGAUGCUUACUUUGGCCUUCUUGUUGUUGGUCCUGCUGGUGGUGUAGCCAAACCUUUGGUUACAGAAGCUGAGGGGAAGCCGAUUCGUUUCACUAAUGAUUUGGACAUUGAUGAGCAAAAUGAUGUGAUUUACUUCACAGAUAGUAGUUCCAGAUUCCAGAGAUGGGAUUACUUCGGUUCUUUCAUGACCGUUGAUAAGACUGGAAGGUUUAUCAAGUAUGACAGAUCAAGUAAGAAAGCGACGGUCUUAUUACAUGGCCUUUCAUUUCCAAACGGCGUUACAUUAAGCAAAGACCGGUCUUUCGUAUUGGUCGACGAAACAACCAAUUUCAAAAUCCUAAGGCUUUGGCUCUCUGGUCCAAAAGCAGGAACCCAAGAUGUGUUUGCUGUGCUUCCGGGUUACCCUGACAACAUCAGAAGAAACUCCAACGGAGAGUUCUGGGUCGCUAUAAAUUACUCGAUUUUCAAUGGAGAAAGACCUCAUACUAAAGCCGUGAAGUUGAGUGAAUCAGGAGAAGUUUUGGAGGUACUUGAAGAUAAGGGAAAGAGAUUAAGAUAUAUAAGUGAAGUGGAAGAGAAAGAUGGCAAGCUUUGGAUUGGUUCUAGUGUCAUGCCAUUUGUUGGUGUUUAUGAUUUGUAGUUUUGUACAUUGCUCAGACAUAAUUGUCUUUACAUUGUUAUAAGUUUCUCUGUGUAUCACAUUGUCACAACUAUGUGCGUUAACUCUCGUUGUUGUAUUGUUUUUACACGUCCACGUGAAGUUUUUUAAAAGGUUUAUGUAGUGUUUGUUAUAUA